UUUGUUUUGGUCAUGUUUACAGUCAGGGCAACUUUUGAUAAGUAUGUCUGUGUAUUAUUAUUAAUAUUAAUAUUAUUAAUAGUAUUAUCCAUCUGUCUAUCUAUAUUUUUAUUAUAACUUCAGUUAGAGGUUCAGCAGAUAGAUUCUUCAAUGCUUUAACCCCAUAAUGACCUCAUUUGCAACUUUGUGACGUCACAAUGCCCCCAUUAUGGAAGCUUUGUGGACAAAUAAAAAGCUGUAGCGCUACGUCUUUAUUUCAACUUAAUACCCGCAGCGCUGUCGAAUUCACAAAUCAGAUAGCCCAGAAGGUGUUGAUUAGUUUUUAUCUGACAGUAGUUCUGGUGGUAAUUCCUGGGUAAAUCCUAGGUUUAUAUUAAUCCACUCGUUCUAAUAUAUAUGUAUACACACACACACGUACGUUAUCGUUUCUAUAUGGGCAUGGAUGGCGGUACCUGCGUAAUCUGCAAAACCUAAUAAUAAACGGUUUAAAAAGAAGAGAGAAUGCCCGAUCGAUGUAGUCGCUAUAGUGAAGCUUUGUGUAUGUUUUUAAACAUUGUAAAGGAAGGAGUCUCCAGUUUCAGCGCUGUGUAAGUAGUACAGUCAGUACGUUUUCUGGACUCCGAAACAGAGCAGUUUGCGCGUUGCGGUUUCUUGGUAAAUAUGACAACCUGUGUCUUUUUGUUUUGUUUUGUUUUUUGUCUUAUUAACUUGAAGAGAGAAAAAAAAGAGGCUGGUGAGGGAACGGCUGUUUAUAGCUGCUGUAACGCCCAGUAGACGAUGACGGGCUCCCCCAUGGCUUCUGUACCGUCGCCUACUCCUCCAGUGACCGCUUCGAAGGCCAUUUUUUCCACGGAGAAAAGAAUGGAAAGGGCAAAUUCUUCUUUUUCGACGGCAGGGUCACUGGGAGAUUGGAGCCAAUCCCAUGGGACUCGGGGUACAUCCUGGACGAGGUGACAACCCAUCACCAUCACAAUCGCACACUACGGACAAUUCUGGAAAUGUCAAUCAGCCUAGAAUCACUCUAGAUGGAUCCUAUGUGGACGAUGUACUUCAGGGCCAGGGUGUGUACACUUACGAGGACGGCGGAGUGCUGUACGGCACCUACGUGGACGGAGAGCUCAACGGUCCCGCUCAGGAGUUCGACCCGGAAGGACGUCUGAUCUUCAAGGGCCAGUACAAGGAUAACAUCCACUAUGGCAUCUGCUGGAUUUACUACCCGGACCGAGGCUGCGUGGUGGGCGAGGUCAACGAGGACGGGGAGAUGACGGGCAAAGCAGUGGCUUACGUUUACCCCGAUGGACACACGGCUCUGUACGGGAGCUUUGUGGAUGGGGAGCUCAUCGAGGCCAGACUGGCCACGCUGACCAAUCAGGAGAACGGCAGACCUCACUUCACCGUUCAGCCUGACAGUCCUGUUUACUCCUACGACAAAUCCACUUCCUCCUGUAUCGCUGCUCACAAAACACUGAUCGACCCCUACGAGAGCCAGCGUGUGUACGUGGGGCAGUCGCUGAUCUCUGGGGCAGGAGAAGGCCUGUUCGCCAAAACUGACGCAGACGCUGACACAGUCAUGGCUUUUUACAAUGGAGUACGCAUCACACACUCCGAGGUCGACGCCCGUGAUUGGUCCCUGAACGGGAACACCAUUUCGUUAGAUGAAGACACAGUGAUCGAUGUUCCUGAACCCUUUAACCAUACAGAGAAUUACUGUGCAUCGCUUGGACACAAAGCCAAUCACUCAUUUACCCCCAACUGCAAAUACGACCCGUUCGUUCAUGCUCGCUUUGGUCCAAUCAAAUGCAUCCGAACAAUCCGAGCGGUUCAAAAAGACGAGGAACUCACAGUCGCUUACGGUUACGACCAUGAACCUUCUGGGAAAUCGGGUCCAGAGGCUCCAGACUGGUACAAACAGGAGCUACGUGAGUUUCAGGAAAGAGAAGCUGAAAGAAGAGUUAAGGACUCUUAUUAACCCCACCCCCUUCCAAAAAAAACAAAACAAAACAAAGAACAACACCUAAAUCUGCCUCUUUUACUGUCUUGCUCUUAGCUAAACAACUGUGUCUUUAAUACUUCAUCGUAAUAGUAUCAUCAUAACCUACUCUAUUUAUCAUUCUCGACGGAUUGGACGAGAAAUGCUCGGCUUUUGCAGUAUCUUGUUCUAUAAUAUGAAGGUGCUACGACGUGUACAGAUCUCAACACCUGUAUCUGUCAUGAAUGCAGUAAUAUAUCAAGCGACCGAAGCACAGCAUGAUGUGACUUAUGACUCAUCUGAAGUGAGAACUAUGCACUACCGAACCCAGCAGGUGUUCUUUGUUGCUACGCGAACCUCUACAAGCACCGGCAAUCUAGUCCAUUAGUAUGCGGUUUAACCCUCCCAUAGCUAUCGCCGUCGCAGUUUGUGUUUCAAACCCUCGCAGUGCAGUUAUUACAGUUAGCAUUGUCUCCUCAGUCUACCUGCACCGAGAGUGAACCGCAACACUAGAUUCUACUUAUUCUACUUUCAGAACAGUAUUAGAACUGCUCAUGCACUGUAAAUGUUUCAUUUGAAACCUUUUUGUUUUAAAUCAGUAAGAGGAAAAGUGUGAAAGUGCGUUAUGUGUGUGUGUGUGUUUGUGUGGGUGAGAGAGAGAGAGACAGUGGAAUGAGUAGCAGAUCACAAUAAGAAAUUAAUUCAGGUCUUUGAUAUGUAGAAUCUCUAAUCCAGGAUUUAUCAAUAAAACAUUAAAACCUGA